AUGAAUUCAAUUUCGCUCGAAAAUCGCAUUAAAAUAAUUAAAAUCCACUAUGAAAAUGGUGGUUCUGUUAAAGUUACGUUUCGUAAAAUUCGUGAUAUUUUCGGACAACAUAAUCGUCCUUCUGAGACCGCUAUUAAGAAUUUGGUCGCUAAAUUUGAAUCGACAGGCUCGGUACAAAAUGUGCCAACACCAACGCGUGUUCGACCGGGUCGUUCAACCGAAAACAUCGCAGCCGUGUGCCACAGUGUUGAAGAAGAUCCAAAUUUGUCAAUUCCUCAACGUUCUCAACAAUUGGGGUUAUCCAAAACCACCACAUGGCGAAUUUUGCAUAAGGAUUUGGCUUUGAAGCAUUACAAGGUUCAACUGGUGCAGGAAUUGAAGCUGACCGACCAUUUACAUCGUCGUAGAUCCGCUCAAUUCAUUCAGGAACAGCCCGCUGGUUUUUCUGAAAGCAUCAUUUUUUCAGACGAAGCCCAUUUUCACUUGUCAGGGUACGUCAACAAGCAAAAUUGCCGCAUUUGGGCUUCUGAAAAUCCUAAAGAGAUUAUUGAGAAGCCUUUGCAUGCUCAACGUUUCACUGUAUGGUGCGCUAUGUGGUCUGGAGGCGUGAUUUGGCCGUUUUUUUUCGAAGAUGAGGCUGGAAAUGCGGUAACGGUCAAUGGAUCACGCUAUCGCGAGAUGUUAACAUUUCAAUUUUGGCCUAUUAUUGAUGACAUCAAUAUCACAAACAUGUGGUUUCAACAGGACGGUGCCACAUGUCACACAGCCAACGAAACGAUCAAUUUAUUGCAAACCAAAUUUCCCGAUCGCAUAAUUUCACGAAAUUCAGCUGUUAAAUGGCCAGCCAGAUCGUGUGAUUUAACACCACUGGAUUAUUUUUUGUGGGGCUAUGUUAAGGACAGAGUCUAUACGGAGCCAAUCGAAUCGAUCGCGGCCUUAAAACUCAAAAUCUGUGACGUGAUUAACGAAAUAUACCCGCCAUUUUGCCAAAAAGUGAUUAAAAACUUUGUUGAAAGAAUCGACAUCUGUCAGCGUGGUCGUGGUGGACAUUUGCCAGAUAUCAUUUUUCAUUCAUAA